AUGGCUCACAGUGACUUCCUCUACCCAGAUAACCCAAGGAGAAGGCAAGAAGUCAACCGUCUUCACCAGCAGCUUCUUGACUGCUUAUCUGAUAGCUUCAACGCCACCAAUAAGCUCAUUGGGGUUUUAAACAUGCACUUGCGGUGCAGCCUGGCCUCCAUUGAGAUGAAAAGAGAUGGGACCAUCAAGGAAAACUGUGAUAUCAUCAUCCAAGCCAUGAUGGAAAUCCAAAAAGAAUUGCAAAAGGUUGAUGAAGCACUGAAAGAUAAACUAGAGCCAACCCUUUACAGAAAACUUCAGGAUAUUAAAGAAAGGGAAACAGAGAAAAUUGCAAUAGUACAAAAGGUCAUUUCAGUCAUCCUGGGAGAAGCUACUUCUGCAGCCAGUGCAGUGGCUGUCAAACUUGUGGGCUCAAAUGUCACAACUGGCAUAAUUAACAAGUUGGUCACCGUGUUAGCUCAAAUUGGUGCUUCUCUCCUUGGUAGUAUAGGGGUUGCUGUUCUUGGCCUUGGCAUAGAUAUGAUUUUCCGUGCUAUCCUGGGAGCAGUGGAGAAAACACAGCUUCAAGCAGCCAUUAAAAGUUAUGAGAAGCAUCUGGUGGAAUUCAAGUCAGCUUCAGAAAAAUAUCAUCAUGCCAUUACCGAAGUCACCAACAUAGUGAAACACCAAAUGAAAUAA